GGGUGCUGGACAACAAUGCAUCCCUUUUUUCUUCAAGCGGAGAACUACAAUUCCCAAGAGCCUUCUCGGCGCGGCGACACCGCCUUCCGCUGUGGCCCUGCCCCGUCCCCUCCCUCAGGCCCCGCCCUACGGCUAGACCCCUCCCCUCCCUGCGAGUGUGUGUCAGUGACCCAGAGGCUGUGUGAGGCGGAGGGACCGUCGGGGGGCGCCGCCGCCGCCUCCACCAGCAGCAGCAGCAGCAGCAGCGCCAGCCCCGCGGCGCGGUCGAAUUGGUCCCCAGCCCUCCGGGAGCGCACCACAAAGCAGCCCCAACGCCUCUCCCUGCGUCCGCAGCUCCUCAGCGCUCGGCUCCGUGGUCAACUUCCCCUCGCUGGGCUCGGCUGGCUGGCGCGGAGGGCAGCGGUGGAACGGCGGGCGGUCUACUCGCGCUCCCCGCGCACAACAGUUCACCCUUUCGCCUCGGGUCUCGGGGGCCUCUCUGGGAUCCCGGCCACCAGCAAUUGUCCGGCAAUAAGCAACAAGGACCAGCAUAGCAUAUCAUAUACUUUAUCUCGGGCCCAGACUGUGGUGGUUGAAUAUACUCAUGACAGCAACACCGAUAUGUUUCAGAUUGGCCGGUCGACUGAAAGCCCCAUUGAUUUUGUAGUAACUGACACAGUUCCUGGAAGUCAAAGUAAUUCUGAUACACAGUCAGUACAAAGUACUAUAUCAAGAUUUGCCUGCAGAAUCAUAUGUGAACGGAAUCCUCCCUUUACAGCACGGAUUUAUGCCGCAGGAUUUGACUCAUCAAAAAACAUCUUUCUUGGGGAGAAGGCUGCCAAAUGGAAGACAUCAGAUGGGCAGAUGGAUGGCUUGACCACUAAUGGUGUUCUUGUGAUGCAUCCACGCAAUGGGUUCACAGAAGACUCCAAGCCUGGAAUAUGGAGAGAAAUAUCGGUGUGUGGAAAUGUAUUUAGCCUACGUGAAACCAGAUCAGCUCAGCAGAGAGGAAAAAUGGUGGAAAUUGAAACCAAUCAGUUACAAGAUGGCUCGUUAAUUGACCUCUGUGGUGCAACAUUGCUAUGGCGUACUGCAGAAGGCCUUUCCCACACUCCUACCGUGAAGCAUUUAGAAGCUUUAAGACAGGAAAUCAAUGCAGCACGACCUCAGUGCCCUGUAGGGUUCAACACACUAGCAUUUCCUAGUAUGAAGAGGAAAGAUGUUGUAGAUGAAAAACAACCAUGGGUAUAUCUAAACUGCGGCCAUGUACACGGCUACCAUAACUGGGGAAACAAAGAAGAACGUGAUGGAAAAGAUCGUGAAUGUCCUAUGUGUAGGUCUGUCGGUCCCUAUGUUCCUCUGUGGCUUGGAUGUGAAGCUGGAUUUUAUGUGGACGCCGGCCCUCCAACCCAUGCGUUUAGCCCGUGUGGGCAUGUAUGUUCAGAAAAGACAACUGCCUAUUGGUCCCAGAUCCCGCUUCCUCAUGGUACUCAUACUUUUCAUGCAGCCUGUCCCUUUUGUGCACAUCAGUUGGCUGGUGAACAAGGCUACAUCAGACUUAUUUUUCAAGGACCUCUAGACUAACAGACCAUUGUCCUGCAGGACUACAUUAUAAAUUUAUAAGCUAAGUGAGUUGGGUUUUCGAACCUGUUGUCCACGUCACAGUUUUUCUGCUCUGGUCAUUUGCAUUAAGAUGAAGAAUUUUUUAAAACAUUUAUAAUAAAUAGUAGCAAUUUCUGAGCAAAAAUCUGGGAAACUCAAGCAAAGGAAUUUCUGAAAGUAUCAGUCUUCUGAAUUCUGAGUUUUGAAAAUAUAUUUUGAGGAGAAAAAGACAUAGUCUAAUUUGAUGCCUUCCUUUUAGUGUUUUUGAAUCACCCAUCCUCAGUGCUGAAAUUGUUUUGUAUAACUGAGGGUACUGUUGGUUCAAACUAUGUUAGUUUACAGUUUGUUGCAAACAUUGUAAAAUAUAGCGACGUGUAUAUUAACUUUUUUCUAUUUAUCUUUAUUAUAGAAAAUACCUUAGAAUGUUCUUGAUAGAGUAGCAUGGUAACGAUGGUGUCACACCCUUGGUGUGAAUGGUAGCUUAGUGAGCAACCUAGCUCAAGAAUUUGCAAAGUUAGGAAGAAGGACAAGAGAGCCUCUCUCCCACCCCAAUCUAAAUAUGGAAUUUGGUAAAUUAGACUACUUUGUAAUUUGUAAGACCAAAUUCAUAUUAAUUACCAUUGUGUGAAAGGUGUUUGUUUUUAACCACAUUGAAGAUAAUCAGGAAAGAUUUUUUCUUAAUGUUUCUCUCGAGCAUAGUACUAUAACAAAAACUUAAUGCUAAGAAACAUUUUAUAUGCUCCUUUGAAUAUGCAAUUUAAUCUAGAUUAUCUAUUUUUCUCCCAUGAUAACUAAUCUGUUUUUAGUAUCAGCAGCAUUUGGCAAGUUUAUUUUUUGGAUAUAAACUGUGGUUCAUCUGUUCACUGUUUCUAGACAAAAAUCAUUCCCAUAAGAAAAAGUAUAAAUUAGCAAGAAAGGAGAGUGACUUGAUUUGCUUUUGGAAAAAGAAAUGCUUAAUUAAUUAUUCUGUAUUUGGCCUUAUUCAGGCAUUAGGAAAUCUAGAGAUCUAAAGGGUUGAAUGACAAUAGUGCCCCCGUUUUUAUCAGACCAGCCUUAACUCUGGGUUUGCAUCCUAAGGAGAUUGCCACAGUGAGACUUGCAAAUGUUUGGUUGGCAGAUGAGCACCAAUGACUACAGCGUGGAGUGACGCACUGCAUGGUCUGUUUAUUCUCUAAUUCCAAUAUGUCUUUUGCUUCCAGAAGCAAGAACAAGUUUCUUCUCUCCCCUCCUUCCCCCCCUUUUUUCAAAGGCACCACAAGUAUAGACAGUUGCACUACAUCAAAUCUUUGACACUUGUAGAGACCAGUACACUUCUAGAUUAGACAGUAUCUUCUUUUAAUAUUUUGAUUUGUUUUCCUUUAGUUUGAAAAGUUGUAUAAUACUUAAUUGACUGUAGCAAAGUUUUAUGUGUGGUAGCAGAGCUUUAAUUUAUCCUAUUACAAAACUGUUCCGAAUUUUCUUUUUGUUUUUAAAAAACAAAACUUGUUGCUUAGAAGCCAUGAACUAUUUUAUUUUACUUCAACUGUCAAAACUUCAUUGUUUUAAAAAAUGAUCAUUUGGGUUCACUCAGGAAAUGCAUGUCAGGAAACUUGCAUUAUAAGUUUAUUAGUUGUGAUGUAUCAGUAACUGCUGUUACCCCUUUUUUCAAAGAAAUAUAAUUGAUUUUGAAGUUUUCUAGAUUGUCACAUGCUUUGUGACUAAUGCAAGAAAGCAAGUCCUGUGUUGUAUUUGUUCUAGUCAUUUCUAUUCAGGCUAUAUAUUGUAGCUUAAUUUUUAUUUGCAAUUAAUUUAUUUAAACUAAGUAAAUACUUUUCAAAAUAGA